AUGAAGUCGAUAGCUUCUAAACUGAAUAGUCCAGAUCGCGAUCCGAACAUGAACAUGUUACGAGCAUUGUUUUCACGGAUGCCUUCGUCUGAUGACACGUUUACUAUCGAUUGUAUAAAGAUCCUGAUCGAAGACCCAUCAACGUGUAAACGUGUUUCUGACAACGUGGGAAAUCUGCUGAAGAAGCAAAUGGCUGCUGGUGAUUUGCAUAUUGGAGGGGGUAACAAAGGAGCAUCGAAGAAAAGUCCACAGAAGUUAUCCAUGGAACAGGUAUUGGCACAUCUGGAGCAAUUCACUCAGUUAUGCCUAAUGAAGGAGAAGAAAUCAGCUGAACAGAUAUUCUCGAACUCCACGGUAUUAGAAGCUUUUAUGGAGGCCGAGAAAAACGACAAAGUCGCUCCGUUGAGGUCGAAGUUUGCCCAACUUUUUGCUGUAGUAAAUAUCCUUCGUGACGAAUCGCGGGAUAAAGAGCAAUCGUCGCGAACGCUCCGAGGAAACCGAAGCGGUAGUGCGUCUUCGUCCUCAAGUAAAGCAAGGCACAAGGAGGAGGAUAAGGACGUGAGUUCUCUAAGUUGUCGCCUUGGACUCUUCCUGAAGUGCGUAGGAUGA